AUGUGCGCUUUCAAGCUAAGUAAUCAUAGUAUUGUGGCAGUCCAUGGAAUCAAUGGCGAGCCUUUUACGACCUGGACCGAUGCUGGCGGAAGCGGCAAUCUCUGGCUUCGAGAUUUUCUGCCAAAGGCGAUACCAUCAUCUCGAAUCUUUACUUUUGGAUAUACCGCAGAUUUCUUCUCACGCAGCGACAUGAAUAUUCUCGAUUGCGCACGGAGCCUACUCGCUGGACUAGACUCGCAGCGAACUGAUGGUGACGAACUGCGUCCUCUAGUGUUCAUUGGCCACAGUCUUGGUGGCUUAGUCAUCAAGGCAGCCUUGCUGGAGGCUAAAGAAAAGGAAAAUCCGACAUGGGAUGCUGUCCGUCAUGGCGGUGUCAUGUUCAUGGGUGUGCCACAUGAUGGAGCGAAACUGGCAAGUUUUGCAAGCAGCGUGAGCAUGAUCGCCAAUAUCUACUCGUCGACGAAUACAAAGAUGUUGAAGCAGCUCAAAUCAGAUUCUCGCGACUUGUGGGAGCUCUCGCGGCGCUUUGGCAACAUCCAGAAAUAUCUGCGCUUAGUUUCUGUUCUUGAAGCUGAGAGGACCGUGUCUGGGUCAGGAAGGGGAAGCAUCAAGGUCGUGCAUGACGAUUCCGCAAGGCUGAACCUCGGAGAAGAUGAGUACAAGAUUGACGGCUCUGACCACAGUACGGUAUGUAAAUUCGGGGAUGCUAACAACCCGGAGUACAUCAAGGUCCAGAACAGCUUGAAGAAGUUGACACAACCUACUCAACCCGUAUCGCGUACGUAG